GAAAGACUUGAAGUAGAAACACAUGCUGUAAACUGUCUGACUGGAUAACGUUUUCUCGUGGGGAACCUAAAUAAACAGCUUCAAUGAUGAAGACACAGUCAGUGCUGAUCUCUGCAGCAGUUUUGGCACUGCUGCUCUGCCCGCUUAGGAGCACCGAUGCUGCCACCUUUCAAGGCGCGUUCCCACACCCAAACAAAUACAACCCAAACGAAUCGGAUAGAUGUCAACAACCCGCCCUCAGUGGACUAAUUUCCCGCGGGAUGGGGUCUGUAACCCCAACCGACGAAGUGCUAGAGUCCAGUCAGGAGGCGCUGCACGUCACGGAGCGGCGCUACCUGCGGCUGGACUGGUGCAAGACGCAGCCGCUCAAGCAGACCAUCCAAGAGGAGGGCUGCCUGAGCCGCACCAUCCUCAACCGGUUUUGCUACGGACAAUGCAACUCCUUUUACAUCCCGAGGCACAAUUACCAGGACGGAGACUCCUUUCAGUCCUGCUCUGCCUGCAAACCCAAAACCUUCAGCACCAUCACUUACACCCUCGUCUGCCCGGGUCAGACACCCAGCACCAGGAGGAAACGGAUCCAGCGCGUAAAGCAGUGUCGCUGCACAACAAUAGAUACGGAUUAGACGCAAACUGACACAUCCAGGUUGAUGAUAGCCUAUCCGCUUCCAUUGGAGGAAAAGUGCUGCUUUGCAAAAAAAACAAAACAAACGGAAAGCGUAUUUUGUUUAAAGGACACAUGGGAAUAAAGUGGGAAUAGGAAGGUGAGGAACUUGCCUGAGCUCUUUUUAAUCAUUAUUGGAGAGAUGACACUUUGAGCUGCAAUUAUUAAUCCAUCACGCUGUCCGAAUAUCUCGUCAAUUAUCAGUCAUUGCUUCCACAAAGUCAUUUUUUGUGUGUGUUAACAGAUGUGGAGGAUUUUAGAUGCAGGGACUUUCCCAGCGUUUAGGGUUUAGUUAAGUUAACUGAUAAUCUAAAAAAUAAGUGUUUAAGCUUUAGGUAGGUUUGUUUGUUGCAGACAUGCAGGCUAAUGGAUCUUCAGAAUACAAGUGUAAGGACACUUCUUCAAAUGACUGGGAUGGUUGUAUUUUUUUCCACUGUGUGGGAUGUUUUUUUAUUACAACCUGCACUGCU